AUGCUGCUCUGUAGUCUGUGUGUGUUAAUUCUACUCUGUAGUCUGUGUGUGUUAAUUCUACUCUGUAGUCUGUGUGUGUUAAUUCUACUCUGUAGUCUGUGUUAAUUCUACUCCGUAGCCUGUGUGUGUUAAUUAUACUCUGCAGUCUGUGUUAAUUCCACUCUGCAGUCUGUGUGUGUUAAUUAUACUCUGCAGUCUGUGUUAAUUCUACUCUGCAGUCUGUGUGUGUUAAUUCUACUCUGUAGUCUGUGCGCCAUAAUGAUAUUUCUGGCCCUGCUGGAGAUUGGCUACAGCGGUCACAGGGCUGGAUCACGUGGUUUGGUGUAAAUCUAGGGUGUAUUGCUGUCAUUUAUCACACUACCUCGUAAAAACGACACUGAAGAUUCUGACCCAACAAAUCACACGGAAAAAAUAUGAGCUCUUAUUAUGUGGAUGGUCUUUUUAGCAAAUAUACGGCGACCGGUUCUUUCUUCCCAAAUGCCGACCAGGGUUCGUGCGCUCUUCGACCCAGUGGAGAAGGACCCGCAUCUGUUCACAGUGCCGCAGCCCCUGCCUUCCCAACGUCCUUGUCCGGACUUUACAACGUCAACAAUGCUAUUUACCAGAGCCCCCCGAUGUUUACUCCUGCUUAUGACCAGGGGCCGGACGUGCACAGUCUGCACUGCAGCUCUUUCGACCAGAGCCGUCUGUUCGGGGACAGCUGCAUCCAGCCGGUGCCGGGUCCACUCACCUCGCCAGAGGACAAACACUACCGGAUGUACCCCUGGAUGAGAACAUCAGAUCCAAACAGAAAGCGUGGACGUCAGACGUACUCCCGGUACCAGACACUGGAGCUGGAGAAAGAAUUCCACUUUAACCGGUACCUGAACCGCCGGAGGCGCGUGGAGAUAGCACACGCGCUCUGCCUGACUGAGCGCCAGAUCAAAAUCUGGUUCCAGAACCGGAGGAUGAAGUGGAAGAAAGAUCACAAGGACAAGUCUUCGAGCUCAAACCUCAGUACCAACUCAGAGAACGUAAACAAGGAUGGGGAUGGUAAUCCGGUAAACAACGGACACUCCAAGACCCAGGAGGCAGAGCAAGGAGACUCCCCGUCUGCGGGUGUGGCGUCAGAAACCCCUGCAAGAGAAGGAGUUGGCGACGUAGAGGCUAUUAAUGAAAGAAACACUCCAUAAAUGUUUGUAUUUGUCAAAUGUUAAAGAUGUAUACUCUCAUAGAAUCGACACACUCUGUUCAUCAUGUUUGUUUAUCAAUUUAGAGAUUAGUAAGGAUUGGUGAAACGACUUGCAGGCUGAAGUUGAGAAGCACUUAUUUAUUGUACUGUAUACAAGCUAGUGAAACACUGUCUCUAGCAACCAAGGGCAUAUGUCUAUGUGCACAUGAAAAGGAACGGAUACUACCUAUUUACACUAUAGUAUUAUUAUGAAAACUAAAUUUGAUCUUUGAAUGGAGAAAAGGCAUACUGUAAAUGUUAUUCAAUAAUACAUAUUAUUGGUUGGGAGCUAUUAGAUAUUUUACUACUGAAAUAACAUUCCUGAACAGAGAACUACCUAAUGCGACAGUUUUCAAUUUCAAUUAACUUAGACAAAGGGACCUUUUUCGCAUUCUAUUUGUUUCUAUUUCAAAUGGAAAUAAAUGCAAAUGUUGCGUAAAAGUGCUAAUAACUAGCUAAUAUGGCUUUAACGUUUUACUGUCCCUUAUUCUCGUUAUAUUGCACUGCUGUAGCUGUUACGAUUUGGCGUAUUCCUAUAGCUUAUAUUUGUGAGAACUUAUCUUUUGGGGCCAUGUAGAGAUUGUAAUACAUAUUCGCAUGAUUCCAAUACCCUACCUCAGAGACUACAUACCUAUUCGGCUACUACUGUAUCACUGAAUUUCAAUACUGUAUAACUUCUUGUAUAUGUGUGAAAUUGAAGUCUUUGUAAAUACUGUGACGUCGUGUUGUUAGUGUAUUUUUGCAUCCUCGUAUACGUCAAUCACAUUUUUGGUGGACAUGAGUGUGUCUGCUUGCAUGUGUUUGUAGGCUAUUUGUAAAUUAGGGAAAUAGUGUUUUCUUUUAUCUGAUCAAAUGAAUACAAGAGAACUGCUCCAAUGUUCAGAAAUAACCUAUAUGCUCCCUCCACAUCUCUGCUUUGACUCGGAGGUAUUCGUAUUUUGACAUUAUGCAAGACACAAUAUGAAUCCAAUAAAAACAAAAGCCUUCAGUUUUGAAAA